AGACACCUCCCACCGUUCUUCUCGCUUUCUUAAGCUCUGCAAUUUAUUCCUCUCUCUCUGUCUAUCUUUUGUGUUUCGAAGCUCCAAUGAUCAGAAGAACAGCUUCGAGCCCUGAAAUUUGAAGCCCAAACUUUGCACUUCAGCAAUGACAAGCCCUCCAGCAGAAGAGUCUCUUCGGCAGCACAAGCUGUGUGGCUUCGUCUGCGCUGUGCUCGUUGCGAAUUCACCCAACCAGAAAGAACAGAAUGGCCAAUCCAAAGAACUAGUUGCCGGAAUGCGUUGUUACAUCUUCGGCGAAGGGUCCGAUGUAGGUUUCCGCUGCGAAGAUGGUACAAUGUUGUCAUUGAUUCAAUGCAAUGGAAAUUUGUCCCCGGAGAAAGAUUCGAAAGAGAAUAUGGAGAUCGGUUGUGGGAUUUCGACUCCGGAUUCGGGGAAACGUAAGGGCAUUGGGAACGAAUGCGGUUCCUCGAAGAAGAAGAGGCGGACAAUGGGACUCGUGAAUGGUAGCAUGAGUGUGGUUCAUCAGCUUCACGCAUUGACAAUGCAUAAAUGCUUGGAGAUUGUUGCUAGAGUGGUUAGAAUUGCAAUUCGUGAUAACGGGGAGGCGAGGGCUGUUGUUCUGGUUGAUGUGUAUUUGCCUAUUGCGGUAUGGUCUGGUUGGCAGUUCCCCAGAUCAGGGUCAACUGCCGCGGCUCUGUUCAGACAUUUGAGUUGUGACUGGGAGCAGAGAAGCUUCAUGCUCAUUGGUGAUGGAAAUCAGUAUAAAAUUACCUGUGGGGACAACAGGAACAUUUGGAACCAUUCAGAUUGUCAUGCUUUUGGAUGUAAUGUGCAUAGCAAUGAACUUGGAUCUUCUAAGAAAAGGAGGUUUGAUCUUUAUGAAAUUUUCAAGAGCUUACCUGGUAUAGAAAAGGAAGGCAAGGUUUAUUCAACAAGAAUAGAACCAGAAGAUGCAUCUCUUAGUUCAGGAAUUUGGACCGUCUCAGAUGAUGUGUUGAUUAAUGUCUUAACUUCACUUGGACCAAUGGAUCUUGUCAUGGUUGCUGCCACUUGCCGCCAUCUAAGGUCCUUGGCUGUAUCAAUCAUGCCAUGUAUGAAGCUCAAACUUUUCCCUCAUCAGCAGGCAGCAGUCGAAUGGAUGUUAAAACGUGAACGCAAUGCUGAAGUAUUGGCCCAUCCUUUCUAUAUGGAUUUCUCAACUGAGGAUGGAUUCCAUUUUUAUGUAAAUGCUGUUUCUGGUGAAAUAGCAACUGGUAUUGCUCCCACUAUCAGAGAUUUCCGUGGGGGUAUGUUUUGUGAUGAGCCAGGCUUAGGUAAGACUAUAACUGCUCUUUCUCUUAUUCUGAAGACACAAGGAACAUUAGCAGAUCCACCAGAUGGAGUAGAAGUAACAUGGUGUACACAUAAUCCUGACAUGAGAUGUGGUUACUAUGAGCUUAGCUCUGGUGAUUUGUUACCUGGUAAAUUCAUGUCAUCAUGGAGGAGGAUUGUAGGUCAGAAUGGACGAAGAGGACAAAUCUGUGCUGAUAAGUUUACUUCUGCAAUGAGUUCAAAAUCCUUACCAAAGAGAGCAAGAUUAGUGCCCUCUGAUGAUCAUAAAGCAAUAGUUACAUCUUCAACAGAUACACCUUCUUUGCCAGCAACACGUGUUCUUCGAUGCACGAGGAGUUUGAGUCAUGUUAAGAGAAAUCUUCUCGAUCAAUAUGAAGGAGCAUCAGGCUUUUCAAAAGAUAGUAAAGCUAAAAAAGCUAGGAAUAAAAGGAGACAUAAAUCAACUGGCUCAAGAAAUGCCCCUCUGGAGAAGCAAGGGAUGCCAUUGAAACGGCCAAAUCUUUCCAAGAUGCCUAGGGAGGCUACCAAUGAGCUCUCUGAAAAUAGUGAAACUUGGGUUCAGUGUGAUGCUUGUCACAAGUGGCGAAAACUUUCAGACAAAAGUAUCCCAGAUGCUACUGCAGCAUGGUUUUGUAGCAUGAAUACAGACCCAUUACAUCAGAGUUGUGCCAUUCCAGAGGAAUCUUGGGACUAUAAACGGUCCAUAACAUACUUACCUGGGUUUUACACUAAAGGAACCUCAGGAGGAAAGGAACAAAAUGUGUUGUUUUUUGCAAGUGUGCUUAAAGAGCAUUAUACAUUGAUAAAUUCUGAGACAAAGAAGGCUUUAACUUGGUUGGGUAAACUUUCUCAGGACAAACUCUUGGAAAUGGAAACAAUUGGUUUGACACGUCCUGUCUUGGAUACACGUAUUGUUUCUGAUGUUGAUGCCAAUGGAUACCAUAAAAUAUUUCAAGCAUUUGGUCUGGUAAAGAGAGUUGAAAAGGGUACUGUUCGAUGGUAUUACCCAUGCAAGCUUGUUAAUUUGGCUUUUGAUUUGGCAGCAUUUCGAAUUGCUCUAACUAAACCUUUAGAUUUAUUUAGGUUAUAUUUGUCAAGAGCAACUCUUAUUGUUGUCCCUGCAAAUCUAGUGGAUCACUGGAAGACACAGAUCCAAAAGCAUGUCAAGCCAGGGCAGCUUCGUGUUUAUGUCUGGACUGAUCAAAAAAAGCCCAGUGCACACAAUUUGGCAUGGGACUAUGAUAUUGUCAUAACCACCUUUAAUCGUUUAAGUGCUGAAUGGGGCCCCCGUAAGAAGAGUGUAUUAAUGCAAGUUCACUGGCUUAGAGUAAUGUUAGAUGAAGGGCACACCCUUGGUUCAAGUCUUAACUUGACAAACAAGUUGCAAAUGGCUGUCUCAUUGACAGCUUCAAACCGGUGGAUAUUGACUGGAACGCCAACUCCAAAUACACCCAACAGUCAAGUAUCUCAUCUUCAGCCAAUGCUCAAGUUCCUUCAUGAGGAAGCAUAUGGAGAAAAUCAGAAAUCAUGGGAAGCUGGCAUUCUUAGGCCAUUUGAGGCAGAGAUGGAGGAAGGUCGUUCGCGCUUGCUGGAUCUACUUCAAAGGUCCAUGAUUAGUGCCAGAAAGAAAGAUCUGCAAACUAUUCCUCCUUGCAUCAAGAAAGUGACUUUUGUGGAUUUCACUGAACAACAUGCAAAAAGUUACAAUGAAUUGGUAGUCACUGUUCACCGCAAUAUUUUAAUGGCUGACUGGAAUGAUCCUUCACAUGUGGAGAGUCUCUUGAACCCAAAACAGUGGAAGUUCCGAAGUACCACAAUCAGAAAUGUGAGGCUAUCAUGUUGUGUGGCUGGACAUAUUAAGGUAACAAAUGCUGGUGAGGAUAUUCAGGAAACCAUGGAUAUUUUAGUUGAACAAGGUCUAGAACAUGCGUCUGAAGAGUAUGCCAUGAUCAGACGUUAUCUCCUUGAUGGUGGUAACUGUUUUAGGUGUAAAGAGUGGUGUCGUUUACCUAUUAUCACGCCAUGUAGGCAUCUUCUAUGCCUUGAUUGUGUUGCAAUGGAUAGUGAAAGAUGCACUUUUCCUGGUUGUGGAUACUCUUAUGAAAUGCAGAGUCCUGAAAUUUUAACCCGACCUGAAAACCCUAACCCAAAAUGGCCUGUUCCUAAAGAUCUUAUUGAGUUGCAACCUUCUUACAAACAGGAUGACUGGGAUCCUGAUUGGCAUGCAACAACAAGCAGUAAAGUUGCUUAUCUUGUUGAAAGGUUGAAAGAUCUGCAAGAGGCCAAUAGAAAGAUAGGCUAUUCCACAGAUGAGGAGGAUGUGAAGCUCUCUAAUCCGCUUCUUUUUCUAUCUCAGAAAAGACACUGGAACGUGUUCCUCAACCAAGAGGCCUGCAAGAAAACAAGUGUUGACUCUUACAAGUUACUUCCUGAGAAAGUGAUAAUAUUUUCUCAGUUCCUUGAGCAUAUACAUGUCAUUGAACAGCAGUUAACAGUUGCUGGCAUAAAAUUUGUUGGAAUGUAUAGUCCGAUGCAUUCUGCUAAUAAGAUAAAGUCAUUGACAAUAUUCCAGCAUGAUGUGAAUUGUAUGGCUCUUUUGAUGGAUGGAAGUGCAGCUUUGGGCCUUGAUUUGAGCUUUGUUACUCGUGUAUUUCUGAUGGAACCUAUCUGGGACAGAAGUGUAGAGGAACAAGUCAUAAGUCGAGCUCAUCGGAUGGGUGCUACUCGUCCUAUUCAUGUGGAAACUUUGGCAAUGCAUGGUACCAUUGAAGAGCAAAUGCUGAAAUUCUUACAGGAUGCUAAUGAAUGUAGAAGAACCAUGAAGGAAGAGCUUGGAAGAACUGAUUGUGGAGGAGCACGGGUGCAUCGUACAUUGCAUGAUUUUGCUGAGAGCAAUUACCUGGCCCAGCUCAGCUUUGUACGGACAAAUUCUAAAACAUAAAGGGACUUGAUUAUUACACUUAGAUAUUUGGUUGAAGCUUUCUCAUCCCUUUUUUGGCAUAUACAAGUCUCUUUCCCUGUAUCUGAUUGGUGAUCUCUAUUGAUUCGGGCCAGCAGAUGACUUGGACUUGUCCUUCAAGAAGAAAUAGCAGCCUCUGACCCAAAUCAGUGCAAUAGUUAUAACUUGGUCUAUCGAACUUUUAGGAGUAUACUGUCAUUGUUAUUCUUGUGGUUUCAUUCGAUGUUGUAUGCAUGUCAGGAGAGUUUUGGUGGCUAUAGCCGCAUAAGUUUGAACUAACCAAACAAAAAGAUAUUACUUCCGAGUCUAGAGCAGGAUGGAGGUAUGAAUUUUUUGCUACUGACCCACCUGGGUGGUGGGACAACACAUGCAUUGAAACUUGCAUUCUAUAAUUUUCUUGUAUGUCAUAUACAAUGGCGGGUAUGUAUACAUUGAACCUAUCAUUUCAGUUCCUGUACUGUAUUACUAAUCAAAUUACUGAUUCUUAUUUCUUUCC